UUCAGUUCAAACAUUUCAUUGCGAAACUUUCCGUAUGCGGUGAAGUAUUGUAAAAUGUUGCUGUGCUGUUCAGUAUUUCGAUAUAUGUAAAAAGUUUGACCUAUAAAGCAAAUAGUAGUGGAAAACACGGAAUCUCUAUAGUUAUUGACUCAGCGAUAAAAGCAAUCACUAAGUGGCAUUUAAUCGGAUCACAAAGCAGCGUUGCAUCGCGAAAAAAAAACCAACAUGGACGACAUCGACGAUUUUUUCGAUUUCAGUAAACCAUUCAACCGAGUGGUUAUCUCCGGGGGUUACUGCAACGCAACAGUAAUCGAGGAUAAAACCAUUUUCAACAAAUUGCCCGAACGCGAAAAGUUGGGCAAGGACUAUGCGGGGAAAUUUGUUAAGCAGGAAGAGAAUCAACUUAUCAAUGCUUUUAUGUCUGAGGCUGGUCCAUCAACUUCUCGCGAUACAAACCUGGAGGAUGUCGACGAUGAUGCUUUGAUGAACGAUGAAGACGAAGAGCAUACCAAAGCACUGAAGGCGAAAGAGAUGAUGGGACCGCUUUUUCAGCGGUACAAUUUUACCGUGAAACAUAACAAACUCCCGAUUCGCCAAUCAAAAGAUUCUAUAAUGCAGCUGAUUCGGGCCAACGCGGUUGUAAUUCUGAAGGGACCCACUGGAAGUGGUAAAACGACGCAAGUGCCGCAAUACAUCCUUGAGGAGGCCUAUCAACGAAAGGAGUACUGCAAUAUUAUUGUCACACAACCGCGUAAAAUUGCCGCUAUGUCCAUCGCAAAACGCGUUGCCGACGAACGAAAGUGUGAACUGGGUUCAUUGGUUGGUUAUAAAGUUGGUCUUAAGGAAAAACUGGGUGAGGACACCCGUUUGCUAUUCGUGACAACUGGUGUGUUGUUACAAUCGCUGAUUACUUCGAAAUCAAUGUCAGCUUACACACAUAUUAUUUUGGAUGAAAUUCACGAGCGAGAAUCGGAUAUGGACUUUUUGUUGAUAGUCGUUCGCCGUCUGCUGGCAACUAAUUCCACUAAGACCAAAAUCAUUCUCAUGUCAGCUACUAUCGACGCGAAAGAAUUCUCAGAAUACUUCAAAAUUCCAAAAAAGUCCGGUUAUCUGACCGCUCCCAUUCUGUCUGUCGACCGAUCCAGACAGUUUGUUAUAAACGAAUACUAUUUCGACGAUUUGGACAAACUGAAAACGGACUUCAUGAUAGAGUACGAUAAUCCACAUAUUUCUGAAAAUAUGUAUUAUCUUGCGGCCAAAUUAGUGUUGGUAUGCGAUCGCUUGAAUAUUGAUAGAUCGGAGAUUGACAGUAAUCUGGCGUACAAACCAUCUAUCAUUGUUUUCCUUCCGGGAUUGAAUGAGAUCGAGCGAAUGAAGGAAUGCCUAGAGGAACUGUUAGGACGUGUUUGUCACAAAGAACAUAGACCCAAUUUACUGAUCAAAUGUCUUCAUUCUUCGUUCACUACGGAAGAGCAGGCCCAAGUCUUCGUGCGCCCUGGUCCUGAUCAACGUAAGGUCAUUCUCUCGACUAACAUUGCGGAAAGUUCUAUCACAGUACCGGAUAUAGGAUAUGUCAUUGAUUUUUGUCUGCAUCGUCUUCAGUUCACCGAUACCACAACGAAUUUAACCUCGUUACGUACGGAAUGGGCAGCACAGAGUAAUUGUAUUCAACGUGCCGGUCGUGCUGGACGUGUAAUGAAUGGUCGCGUGUAUCGAUUGGUGGAUCGUCGGUUCUAUGAGCAGCGUAUGAAUCUUUCAACCUCGCCGGAAAUGGUUCGCUGCCCCCUGGAAAAUGUGGUUCUCAAGGCUAAGGAACUCGAAAUGGGCCCACCACAUUCCAUUCUCGCCCUGGCGAUGAAUCCUCCCGAUUUGAGUGACAUUCGGAAUACCGUCCUGCAGCUGAAAGAGCUUGGUGCGCUGCUGAAAAUGGUCAAAGGCAAAUAUGAGCAACUGGAUGGAGAUUUGACGUAUCUGGGCAGAGUUGUGUCAAAAUUGCCAAUCGAUUUGCGUAUGGCCAAGCUGAUUGUAUUGGGCUAUAUUUUCAGCGUGAUGGAUGAUGCAAUAAUCAUCGCUGCGGGAAUGAAUAUGAAGAAUAUAUUCAGAAAUCAAUCCACUGUGAAGGGAUAUUCCCAGAAAAUGUACUGGGCCGAUGGUUCAGGAAGUGAUGGAAUCGCUAUUCUGAACGCAUACAUUGCUUGGAGAAGCCGGAAGGAGCAAACCGGUGAUGGCGGAGAUAUGCUAAACUGGUGUCGUCGGAUGUCGUUGGAUCAAAAAUCGCUGCAGGAUAUGGCAGAAUUAAUUCGUGAUCUCAAAGAUCGCCUGAACAGGGUCGGAAUGAAGGAAGUGUCCGGAGCGAAUCGAGUCUCGUGGACAACCCGCGAGAAGACUGUAAUUUUGAAAGUCAUAAUGGCUGGAGCGUUCUAUCCGAAUUAUUUCGUACCCAUGACGGUGGGUGGCAAGGAAAUGCUGGAGCGACAAUCUUUCACCGAGCUCGGCGGACGAGAUCCAUGUAAUACGGUUUUCUUCACCGGCUUCGAUCAUGAGCGAUACAUUGGACCGCUGUACACGGUUCAGAUCAAAAAAAUCCUCAGUGAGGGCGAUUUCUCCCGGCAUCAGAAUAUGAAGGUGAUGUACGACCGCUCCACGAAUCGCAUUUUCGUCACAUUCCGGGGCAGCAACGACGAGAGUGACCAGCAUGGUACGUUCAUGCCAGGUAAGGUGCACACGGAUGUGUAUCGUGCGAUCAAGCUGCGCAAGAUGGGCACAAGAAACCGUACCACCGAAAUCCGAACUAUGCGUCAUAACGAUGCGAUUGAGUUUGCUACGCAAAUGCAUCUUGGCCACUGGGAGGACGCGAACGGAUGGGUUCCCCGAAAGAAAGUAAUUAAAAACGCACAACUAUCGGUGGUGCCACCAAUUCACCGGUCUAGUGUUGUGUGUCAGGUGACGCACGUUGUGCACUGCAAUAAAUUUUACUUGCGAAACGAGGAUAGCAAAAAUAAGGACAUUUUCGGCGAAAUUCAUUCCCAGCUUAACGCUCCUUCUCGUAGACUUAAGCGCUUUGAUCCGGAAUGGCACUUCGCGGUUGGACAAAUGGUUGCUGCUCCCGUUCAGGAAGGCAGCGACCAAUACGCUCGAGCUGAACUGAAAAGUUACAGAAAUAUUCGAAGCACGGGGGACGGACUUUGGACGGUGUUCUUCUUGGAUUACGGCCACAUACAAAAAAUGGGAGAGUCGGAUUUCAGACAGAUGGAUAGACAUCUUGAAGCUCUCAAGGACAUUCCCCAGCGUGUGUUCGAAGCUACACUAUCCGAGGUUCAACCAUCUCCUAUAAUUUCCCCUCAGGGUAUAUGGACUGCACAAUCGAUCAACAUUUUCAAGGAGUUGACACUCGGUAAAAUAUUCGUGGCCGAAAUUUACUCAGUGGUGCACAAUGUGGCAAGUGUAACUCUCAGAAGGGGAGAUGAAAAUUCGAUAAAUUCUGAACUGAUUCGACGCAAGUUUGCCCAGUAUGCAGAAGAAAGCUAUAUGUCCAAGCUAGACCAUGAUUUACGCGAACGAAAGCAGCGAGAAAUUUCUCUAGAUGAAAACUAUCGAAUGGAGGUGUUCCGGUCGGCCGAGAUGAAUCAAAAUGCCACUGAAGAAGACGAACUCGAAGAUAUUGCUCCUCCCGAGGAAAAGCUCCGCUGCAGAGUGGUUCUCUCUGGUCCACACAGCCCCCUAGAAACAAGUGCUUCGUCUAUCAUACAAUGUAGCGUGAUGAAGCCUGUGUCGAUUGAAACUGAAUCCGUCAAUUCCGUGCUGCUGGACUCGAAUCCUCAGGACUCACACGAGAAGCUGAUUACGGCAGGUUCUGUGAACGAACAAGGAAACCGAUUGAUACUUCGUCAAACUUCUAUAAUGCCCAACAUACCCGGAUUCGGCGCACUGAUGACACUGCUCUUCUGUCCAACCUGUCAACUGAAGAAGGACGAGGAAAAAACUCGAGUGGUGAGUCUCGUGGCAGGAUUAGGUUGCGACAAGACCACUGGACAAUCUUUAUAUCCCGAACACGAUCUGGCACUCGCACUGGAUGUCGUGAUCUCCGAUGAUGAUAUUUCAAAUAUCAACGCAUUGCGCUACACCAUGGAUAGCAUCCUGCACACCGAUCAAGAUCAAACCAUACCCAAGUUUGGAGAUGUAUCUAUUGAGAAACUGAAAGUCAGCGUGAAGCACAUCAUCAUUAAAAUAUUGGAAACGGAACGUAAAUUCCUGGAUGUACGUCAUGCUCCGAACAAUUACUCGUGGAAGGUCGAGGACGACGCCGCUCCCGGAUCAUCCUCGAAGACUAGCGGAGACUUCAACAUUUACAGUAAUGCUAUAUUCCCGUUGUUGAAGCCUCUGAACCUGUUGCCGGUUAAUGCCUCGCAGAUCGACCGCUUGAAGAAGCAUUGCCGCGAGUUGCACAAGUUGGCGCUCACUGAUAUUCAUCUGCCACGUGACGGUAUCACAUGCCGAAUGUGUAACACAAUUCUGGAAACGUUGCCUCAGUUGCGCAUUCAUCUUUACUCGAAGCUGCAUCGCGAUCGCGAGUCCCAAAUCAGGUUCCGAUAAGGUACAUCAAAGCAUUGCAUCGGGUAAUGUAUUACUAACCAUGGACAAGCCUAUCAUCGUAGGCUGCAUCAUUUUCCUUUAUUCCAUUUUCAUUUUAUUCAUUUGAACAAUUUUGUUUAGAAUUUCAUUCGAAUUGAACUUAUUUCCGAAAUACUUUUAUCUCCUUGAUAUGGACACAAUAAAUAACUCGUACCAUUAUUGGUGUUAAA